UCUGAGGGAGGAGAAAGAAAUGAAGGGAGACUGACUAAAGUGCUAAAAGAAACUGCUUUCUAUUUUUUCAUCAGUGUUGGGAUUGUAUUGUAUGAGGACCUAUCAAGAUAGCCUGAGGUCCAUCGGAAAGAACUCCAUAUACAACAUGAGACACACUAAAAUACGACCAGAGUUGCCUCCUCUGCCUAAAUCUGCCAAUCAAGAACCAUCUGACCUCUACAAGACAAUCAUGUCACACAGUUUUUAUCCUCCCUUGAUGCAAGAAAUGUCAUGGACUAAGGCUGUGCCAUUCAAGGACCAAAUCUACUAUAGUGGUCCCAGUGAUUCCAUUGCUAACAACUAUUCCAUGAAUGCUCGAGAUCUGAGAAUGAGAGACCUAGCGAAACUGUCCCAGCCCGUCAGAGUCACCCCAUCUGGACAAGAACGUCAGAAAACAAAAAUGGCUUCAAGAGAUGGGCCCAAUGCCAAGAGAACCAAAUUUUCACCCAAAAACAAAAUGGGUAAUGUCAGUAAGAAAACAGAAUACUCAGAGAGAGAGAAUGCAGCAUCCUUUCCAAUCAAAGGCCCACUACCUGCUAAGACUUUGACCUCUGUUUGCUCAACUUUGAUGGUCUCAGGAAUGGAUAUUUCUGAUUUGCCUGGGAGCCGGCCAAUGAGUCCAGAAGAACAGAUUAAUACAAUGAUUCAAGAAGAAAAGGAAAAGGAAAAAAAUGAAUCUGAACCCUCAGAGACAGACUUGAAGAGAUAUUAUUAUUAUGUGACUAAUGGGAUUCGGAAAGACAUGAUUGCCCAGCAGGAUGAAGAUGUACUUGAUCGUAUUCUAAAACUUAUUCCAACAAACUUGAUAAAGAAUCCCAACCUGGAGAACUUAUUUAAAAAACUUGUGCAGGAGAAUGACCAGGACUACUACUACAGUCUCAUGAAGGACAUUGUUGAUUAUAUCCUGAUGGAUCCCCAGGAGAAAGAAAGACUUUCAAUUAACAACACUCCCCGCGUAUUUCCACAAAGAAUAAUUCGAGCACCAGUACCAUGGAACAAAGACUAUAAGGCUGCAAAACUGUGGAAUGAAGAUCACCUCUUUGUAGUGAAUCCCAUGAUGUUGGUCCUAAAGGAGAUGUGGUUUUCAGAAUUUUGUAACAUCCGGUUUGUUCGAACAGCUGAAUUACUCGCAGGCCCAUUGCCUCUAUUGCCCAAUGAAUUUUUCAGUGUCGUUCAAAAGCACUGUGGUGAAGCUCGCCAGAUUCUUCUUGACAAGUGGAUUCCCAUGUGUGCCCAGCAUUUUAUCUUACAGAAGCAUCAUUGGCUUCGUUUUGCUCCCAAGAGUGACUUUGAUUCCUCUCGAAACAUUGAGGAGUAUUUUGCUUCAGUGUCUUCCUUCAUGUCCCUGCAGCUUCGGGAGUUGGUCAUUAAUUCGUUGAAGGACCUUGUUGAAUUUUUUAUGAUCCACAAGGAUGGGAAUGAUUUUGAACACCCUUAUCAAGAGAUGGACUUCUUCAUCCCUCAAGUAAUCCUCUUAAAACUUGAAGUGAAAGAACCAAUGAUUACCUUUGAUCCACCUUUUGAUGAAUGCUGGGAAAUAAUCUAUAAGUGCUUCAUGGAAAUUAUUAAGCACUCUGAAAAUAUUCCUAAGGUAGAAGUAAACCUUUUUCCAGAGCUCCAAGGAAAUAAUCUGACUCUUGGGACUGUCUGCCCAGAUGAAAUGUUAGUUUCAGAUUUUGUGAAGCAAACAGAAGAGGUUUUUGAAAAAAACCAAGUAGGCCCCAAAAAAUAUUUAGAUGUGUAUCAAAAAUACAACAAUUUGUUGGAUGGUACAGCAAAAGAAGAUGUCACAUCUUUUCUCUCAAAACCUCAUGACCUUGAUGAUUUUGUGGAGUUCAUUGACAACAUGAAGAAAUUGAAAGGAGAAAUUGCAUCCAUGCACAUCACAGUACCUUUGGCCCUGUUCUGCCUUGAUGCUUUAGCAUUAAAUGAAAAUCUCUGCAAUCGGACCCAAGCCUUGAAAGAUCAGCUGAUACAAUUCCAAGUUGAUGAAAACCGAGAGCAGAAUACCAACCUCUGCAACCAAUACAGCAUGAUUGCCGACAAAGUCAGUGAGAUUCCUAUUAACACCGAGGAACUGGUAUCUCUCACUGCAUUCUUAAAGAAGUCCAGCGAGGUCACUGUGUUCAGAAUCAGGAGGCAGAUCUCUGAUGCAGCUUGGAGGCUGGAGUUCCUAAUGAACUAUGCUGAUCUUCCCAUUGAGGAUAUAAAGUUGAACAGUACCUUGUUCCUCUGGCCAGAUCAGAUUGAGGAUAUCUUUGAAAACAGUCGAAAUCUGCUGUAUACCAAAAGGGAACAGGCAGAAUUGACCCUAAUUAGAAGGUGUGCCGAAUUUGAGGGGAAACUCGAGAAUUACUUCAAGGAAGUGGAGAGCUUUAGAAAAAAAGAAGUAGUAAACAUGGAGGAAAUGAAGAACAAUGUUGAAAAACUUAAUGAGUUGUCUAAACAUCUGGAAAUGGCACUAGUGGAAUUUGAGGCAAUCAACAAAGAAGAGGAGCUCUUAGAAAAGGAGAAGAGUAAGUUCCCCCUUCUGCAGGUGGUGAUGACCAACAAGUUGCCUUUUGAACAGCUCUGGACAACAGCUUAUAACUUUUUCACCAAAUCAGAGGAGUGGAUGAAUGGGCCUCUGUACACACUAAAUGCUGAAGAAAUCACUGAUGAAGUGAACAACAUGUGGAGGACAAUGUACAAACUGACUAAGACUUUGAGUGACCUUCCUGGACCCAAGCGUGUAGCAGAAAAUGUCAAAUUCAAGAUUGACAAAUUCAAGACGCAUCUUCCUGUCCUGUCUAUCGUCUGCAAUAAAGGGAUGAAGGAGAGGCACUGGAAACAGAUCAGUGAAAUAGUGGGGAUUGAAAUAAAACCAGAUGAAACAACUUGUCUUUUAAACAUGGUGGAAUUGGGAAUUGGCAAGUUUGUGGAUAAACUUGAGCCUAUUAGUGCAGCAGCCAGUAAAGAAUAUUCCCUGGAGAAAAACAUGGAUAAGAUGAAAUCUGAGUGGAUGAGCAUGCUUUUUAACUUUUCGAAAUACAGGGACACGGACAUAAAUAUUCUGUGUUCAGUUGAUGAUAUUCAACUAUUACUUGAUGAUCAUGUGAUAAAGACUCAGACUAUGUGUGGGUCACCUUUCAUCAAACCCAUAGAAACUGAAGCUCGGAAAUGGGAAGAGAAGCUGCUCCAAAUGCAGAAUAUUUUAGAGGCCUGGUUGAAGUGCCAGGUCACAUGGUUGUACCUAGAGCCUAUCUUCAGUUCUGAAGACAUUAUAGCACAAAUGCCAGAAGAGGGAAAGAAAUUUGGAAUUGUCGAUAGUUAUUGGAAGGGCAUUAUGAGCCAAGCGGUGAAAGAUGCCAGAGUGCUUGUAGCAACAGAUCAGCCACAGAUGUUAGAAAAACUCAGAGAAGCCAAUGUUCUGUUGGAAGACAUCCAGAAGGGACUGAAUGAAUAUUUGGAGAAGAAAAGAUUGUUUUUCCCCAGGUUCUUUUUCCUAUCAAAUGAUGAGCUGCUAGAGAUCUUGUCAGAAACAAAGGAUCCCCUCCGAGUCCAGCCACAUUUAAAGAAGUGCUUUGAGGGAAUUGCAAAACUUGAAUUUAAUGAUGAACUGGAAAUUUUGGGCAUGAUCAGCUCAGAGAAGGAAGUGGUUCCUUUCAGUAAGAAAAUCUACCCACUUCAAGCCAAGGGCAUGGUCGAAAAAUGGCUUCUUCAAGUGGAACAGAUGAUGCUUGCCAGUAUCCGAGAAGUGCUUAAGAAAGGGAUUGAUGCUUAUGCUGAGGUUCCUCGAAAGCAGUGGGUUCUGGAGUGGCCUGGACAAGUUGUAAUUUGUGUUUCAUCUAUCUACUGGACAAAGGAGGUGUCUGAGGCUAUCGUAAACAAUACUUUACUGGACUUUCUGGAAAAAAGUAACCUUCAGAUUGCAGAGAUUGUUGAGCUGGUUCGGGGUAAAUUAAGUAGUGGAGCUCGGCUGACCCUGGGAGCCCUCACAGUCAUUGAUGUCCAUGCUCGUGAUGUGGUUGCCAAAUUAGCCGCUGACAAAGUUGAAGAUCUGAAUGACUUCCAAUGGAUCUCUCAGCUUCGCUAUUACUGGGAAAUCAGCGAUGUGAUUGUAAGAAUGAUCACUACAGAAGCUUUGUAUGGUUAUGAGUACUUGGGAAACUCCCCACGGCUGGUGAUUACCCCUCUCACUGACAGAUGUUACAGGACUUUAAUGGGAGCUUUGAAACUGAAUCUUGGGGGUGCCCCAGAGGGUCCUGCUGGGACAGGCAAAACAGAAACUACAAAAGAUCUAGCCAAGGCCUUGGCUAAGCAGUGUGUGGUCUUCAAUUGCUCUGAUGGUCUGGAUUACAAAGCCAUGGGAAAGUUCUUCAAGGGUUUGGCCCAAGCUGGAGCAUGGGCCUGCUUUGAUGAAUUCAACAGGAUUGAGGUUGAGGUACUGUCUGUGGUGGCCCAGCAGAUCCUCAGCAUUCAACAGGCUAUCAUCCGAAAGCUCAAGACUUUCAUAUUUGAGGGCACUGAGCUCUCUUUGAAUCCUACCUGUGCUGUCUUUAUUACCAUGAAUCCUGGCUAUGCAGGUCGGGCAGAGCUUCCUGAUAAUCUCAAGGCCUUGUUCCGAACAGUUGCCAUGAUGGUACCUGAUUAUGCAUUAAUUGGGGAAAUCUCCCUUUAUUCCAUGGGUUUUCUGGACUCUCGUAGUCUUGCCCAGAAAAUCGUAGCUACUUAUCGUUUAUGCUCUGAGCAGCUAUCAUCUCAGCAUCACUAUGACUAUGGGAUGCGGGCAGUAAAGUCUGUCCUAACAGCUGCUGGGAACCUGAAGCUGAAAUAUCCAGAAGAAAAUGAGAGUGUCUUGUUGCUCCGGGCUUUAUUGGAUGUCAACUUGGCCAAAUUCUUGGCUCAAGAUGUGCCUCUGUUUCAGGGGAUCAUAUCGGAUUUGUUCCCAGGAGUCAUUCUUCCUAAGCCAGACUAUGAGCUUUUCAUUGCAGCACUAAAUGAAAACAUUAAAAAGAUGAAACUCCAAUCAGUACCAUGGUUUAUUGGAAAGAUUAUCCAGAUUUACGAGAUGAUGCUGGUGAGACAUGGUUAUAUGAUUGUUGGAGAUCCCUUGGGCGGGAAAACCUGUGCUUACAAAGUCCUGGCAGCAGCUCUGGGUGAUAUGUAUGAAGCCAAUCAGGGAGAUGAGUUUGCUGUUGAAUACAAAAUCAUCAAUCCCAAAGCCAUCACCAUGGGUCAGCUAUAUGGUUGCUUUGACCCAGUGAGUCAUGAGUGGACUGAUGGGGUCCUUGCCACCUCCUUUCGAGAGCAAGCAUCAUCAGUGACUGAGGAUCGGAAGUGGAUUAUAUUUGAUGGCCCAGUAGAUGCUGUUUGGAUUGAAAACAUGAACACUGUGCUGGAUGACAAUAAGAAGCUAUGUUUAAUGAGUGGAGAGAUCAUCCAGAUGAGUGUCAAGAUGAGUCUGAUCUUCGAGCCAGCAGAUUUAGAGCAGGCUUCCCCAGCCACUGUCAGCAGAUGUGGGAUGAUCUACAUGGAACCACAUCAACUGGGUUGGAAGCCCUUAAAGGACUCAUACACAGAAACACUGCCCCCCAACCUCACCGAGGAGCACAAUGAACUGGUUAACGACAUGUUCAUGUGGCUAGUCCAGCCUUCUUUAGAUUUUGUCCGUCACUCCUGUAAAUGUGUAGUCCAGACAUCACCCAUCCAUCUUGCCUACUCCAUGAUGAAACUAUACAACUGUCUGCUUGAUGAAAUCAGAGCUGUGGGUGACCUAGACUAUGAUGGAGAAAACUUGACAAACCAGCAGAUAUUCCUUUGGCUCCAAGGCCUCUUCCUCUUUUCUCUGGUAUGGACAGUGGCAGGGACCAUCAAUGCAGAUAGCAGAAAGAAAUUUGAUGUUUUUUUCCGCAACUUGCUGAUGGGCACAGAUAACAACAACCCUCGUCCCAAAAGUGUCAAAAUCACCAAAAACAACAUAUUCCCAGAAAAAGGGAGCAUCUAUGACUAUUAUUUUCAUAAGCAUGGCAGUGGACAAUGGAAUUUGUGGACAGACUACAUCACCAAGGAUGAGCAGAUAAUCCCAGCUAAUGCAAAGGUUUCUGAACUCAUUAUCCCAACUAUGGAAACAGCCCGUCAAUCCUUCUUUCUGAAAAUCUACUUGAACCAUGGGAUUCCCAUGCUUUUUGUGGGUCCUACAGGAACUGGCAAAUCAGCUAUCACAAAUAAUUUUCUGGUCUGCUUGCCCAAGAACUUGUUUCUGCCAAACUGCAUCAAUUUCUCUGCCAGAACCUCAGCCAAUCAGACCCAGGACAUUAUCAUGUCAAAGCUGGAUCGGCGAAGGAAAGGUCUCUUUGGACCACCUGUGGGAAAAAAAGCUGUGGUAUUUGUGGAUGAUCUCAACAUGCCAGCCAAAGAGAUAUAUGGGGCUCAGCCUCCCAUUGAGCUCCUGAGACAGUGGAUCGACCAUGGUCAUUGGUAUGACAAGAAGGACACAUCCAGGUUGGAUAUAGUAGAUGUACUAUUCGUGUCAGCUAUGGGUCCUCCAGGUGGGGGAAGAAACAACAUUACAGGACGAUUCACCCGCCACUUGAAUAUCCUUUCUAUCAGUGCUUUUGAGGAUGAAAUUUUGAGCAGGAUUUUCACCUCCAUUGUUGACUGGCACUUUGGGAAAGGAUUUGAUGUAAUGUUUUUAAGACUUGGAAAGAUGAUGAUUCAAGCAACAAUGACCAUCUACAGAGCUGCAGUGGAGAACUUCCUGCCAACUCCCUCCAAAUCUCAUUAUGUGUUUAAUUUAAGAGAUUUUUCACGGGUUAUUCAAGGAGUAUUGCUGUGUCCUCACACUCGCUUGCAGGAUGGAGAAAAACUGAUUCGACUCUGGAUUCAUGAAGUUUAUCGAGUCUUUUAUGACCGCUUAAUUGAUCGUGGUGACAGAAAUGUGUUCUUCAGUAUGGUAAAGGAGACUACAGCUAACUGCUUCAAACAGAGUGUUGAGAAGGUCUUGAGUCAUUUAUCACCUACUGGGAAGAUUGUGGAUGAUAAUAUCCGUAGCUUGUUCUUUGGAGAUUUUUUUAAGCCUGAGGCUGAUGUAAAAAUCUAUGAUGAAAUUACUGACCUGAAAACUCUCACUUCGGUCAUGGAGUAUUAUCUAGAAGAGUUUAACAACAUCAGCAAGGCCCCAAUGUCAUUGGUCAUGUUCAGAUUUGCUAUUGAGCACAUUUCUCGCAUCUGUCGGGUUCUAAAGCAGGACAAUGGCCAUCUACUGCUAGUGGGCAUUGGAGGGAGUGGACGGCAGAGUGCCUCCAAACUGUCCACAUUCAUGAACUCAUAUGAGUUGUAUCAGAUUGAGAUCACCAAGAACUACACCAACAAUGACUGGAGGGAAGAUGUAAAAAAGAUUAUGCUUCAAGUUGGAGUGCUCAGUAAGAGCACAGUUUUCUUGUUUGCUGAUAAUCAGAUCAAGGAUGAAUCAUUUGUUGAGGAUAUCAACAUGCUCCUGAACACAGGUGAUGUGCCCAAUAUCUUUCCUGCUGAUGAGAAGGCUGAAAUUGUGGAAAAGAUGCAAACAGCAGCCAGGACUGAGGGCAGGAAAAUUGAUGCGACACCUCUUGCUAUGUAUACCUUCUUUAUUGAAAGGGUAAAAAAAAAUCUACACAUUGUUCUAGCCAUGAGUCCAAUUGGAGAUGCUUUCCGGAAUCGCCUACGAAUGUUCCCUUCUUUGAUCAAUUGCUGUACCAUUGACUGGUUUCAGACUUGGCCAACAGAUGCAUUAGAGAUGGUGGCCAACAAAUUUUUAGAAGAUGUGGAACUUGAUGAUGAAGUUCGAACACAGGUUGUGUCCAUGUGCAAGUAUUUCCAGGAAAGUGUGAGACAUCUCUCGGUGGACUUUUAUGGUACACUACGAAGACACAACUAUGUUACUCCAACAUCUUAUCUUGAAUUGAUUCUGACCUUCAAAACACUAUUAAAUAGCAAAAGACAAGAGGUGGAUAUGAUGAGGAACCGUUACCUAGUGGGGCUUCAAAAACUUGAGUUUGCAUCAUCACAGGUGGCUGUAAUGCAGGUAGAACUAACUGCCCUUCAACCAGAGCUGAUCAAGACCUCUGAAGAGACUGAUAAAAUGAUGAUAAAAAUUGAAGCAGAGACAGUGGAAGCAGAUGCUAAAAAGCUCUUGGUCCAAGCAGAUGAACAAAAGGCCAAUGCUGCCGCCGCCGUUUCACAGGCUAUUAAGGAUGAGUGUGAGGGUGAUCUGGCAGAGGCUAUGCCAGCAUUGGAGGCUGCCCUCUCUGCAUUGGAUACCCUGAAUGCCUCAGAUAUCACCAUGGUUAAGUCAAUGCAGAACCCUCCUGGCCCCGUCAAACUUGUCAUGGAGAGUAUCUGUGUCAUGAAAGGACUGAAACCAGAGAGGAAACCUGACCCAAGUGGCACUGGUAAGAUGAUAGAAGACUACUGGGGUACAUCCAGGAAAGUCCUUGGGGAUCUGAAAUUCUUGGAUAGUUUGAAGACUUAUGAUAAAGAUAAUAUUCCUCCCAUAAUCAUGAGAAGGAUCCGAGAAAGAUUCAUUGAUCACCCGGAUUUCCAGCCUGCAGUCAUUAAGAAUGUGUCAUCAGCUUGUGAGGGCUUGUGCAAGUGGGUGAGGGCCAUGGAGGUGUAUGAUCGAGUGGCCAAAGUUGUGGCUCCCAAGAGGGAAAGAUUGAGAGAGGCAGAAGGGAAACUGGAUGAACAGAUGGGAAAGUUGAAUCAAAAACGGGCAGAGUUGAAGCUGGUGGAAGAUCGACUGCAAGCCCUGAAUGAUGAAUUUGAGGCUAUGAAUGUAAAGAAAAAGGCAUUGGAAGACAAUAUUGACGUCUGCUCCCAGAAGUUAAUCAGGGCAGAAAAACUGAUCAGUGGUCUUGGAGGAGAGAAAGACCGGUGGACAGAAGCUGCCCGGCAAUUGGGGAUUCGUUAUACUAAUCUAACAGGGGAUGUGCUGCUGUCCUCCGGCACUGUGGCUUAUCUGGGGGCCUUUACAGUAGAUUAUCGUACUGACUGCCAAAAUGAAUGGCUACUAUAUUGCAAGGAGAAAGAAAUCCCAGGGUCCAAUGACUUCAGUCUCAGUAACACCUUAGGAGAUCCUGUGAAAAUCAGAGCCUGGCAGAUUGCUGGAUUGCCCAUAGAUUCUUUUUCCAUCGAUAAUGGCAUUAUUGUGUCCAAUUCAAGACGAUGGGCUUUAAUGAUUGAUCCACAAGGGCAGGCCAACAAAUGGGUCAAAAAUAUGGAGAAAUUCAAUAAACUUUCUGUAAUUAAACUUUCUGAUAGCAACUAUGUGAGGGUACUAGAAAAUGCUCUCCAAUUUGGAACCCCAGUUUUGCUAGAAAACAUUGGAGAAGAACUGGAUGCUUUCAUUGAACCUAUUUUACUCAAGUCAACAUUUAAACAGCAAGGGGUAGAGUAUAUGAGAUUAGGUGAAAAUAUUAUUGAAUACUCACAUGAUUUUAAAUUUUACAUUACAACCCGUUUGAGAAAUCCCCAUUAUCUCCCUGAAAUAGCUGUGAAAGUCUGUCUCCUCAACUUUAUGAUCACUCCUCUGGGUCUCCAAGAUCAGCUUCUUGGUAUUGUUGCUGCCAAGGAAAAGCCUGAGCUAGAAGAGAAAAAGAAUCAGCUAAUUGUUGAAAGUGCUGACAACAAAAAGCAGCUGAAAGAGAUAGAAGAUAAGAUUUUAGAGGUCCUCUCCAAGUCUGAAGGCAACAUUUUAGAGGAUGAAACUGCCAUUAAAGUUCUAUCAUCUUCUAAAGUGCUGUCUGAGGAAAUAUCUGAGAAACAGAAAAUUGCCUCAGUGACAGAAACACAGAUUGAUGAAACAAGAAUGGGCUAUAAGCCGGUAGCUGUUCAUUCUUCCACUAUCUUUUUUUGUAUUUCUGAUUUGGCUAACAUUGAACCAAUGUAUCAAUAUUCUCUGAUCUGGUUCAUCAACUUGUAUGUACAGUCUCUGGCCCAUAGCCGGAAGAGUGAUGACUUGGAUCAACGUAUAGAGAACAUCAUUAAUGACUUCACAGUGAGCAUUUACAACAAUGUCUGUCGUUCAUUGUUUGAGAAAGACAAGUUGCUCUUCUCUCUCCUCCUGACUAUUGGAAUCAUGAAAGGGAGCGGGAGAAUUGAUGAUGAAGUCUGGCGUUUUCUUCUGACAGGAGGUGUAGCUCUUGAUAACCCCUAUCCCAAUCCAGCUCCUGAAUGGUUAUCUGAAAAGUCAUGGGCUGAAAUCGUUCGUGCAUCCGACCUACCCUCUCUUGAAGGUCUGAAAGAGGAUGUGGAAGACAAUUGUUCAGAGUGGAAGGAGAUAUAUGAUUCUGCCAAACCCCAUGAAGAACCACUCCCUGGGGAAUGGGAUUAUCUCUAUGGAUUAGACCGUUUGGUGGUUCUCCGAUGUCUGCGACCAGACAAAAUUGUUCCAGCUACCCAGGAGUUCAUUGUUCAUAACAUGGGAAAGAUAUACAUUGAACCACCUACAUUUGACCUGCAGGGAUCCUACAAUGAUUCUAACAGCUGUGCACCAUUGAUUUUUGUGUUGUCUCCAGGUGCUGAUCCAAUGGCAGGUCUGCUCAAGUUUGCAGAUGAUCUUGGCAUGGGAGGUAACAGCAUUCAAACAAUCUCCCUUGGCCAGGGCCAGGGCCCCAUUGCUGCUGAUAUGAUUGACAAAGCCAUCACUGAGGGAACCUGGGUGGUCUUACAGAAUUGCCAUCUAGCCACCAGCUGGAUGCCUGCUUUGGAGAAGAUAUGUGAGGAAGUGAUUGUACCUGAAACCACCAACCCAUCUUUCAGGCUGUGGCUAACUAGUUAUCCAUCAGAGAAGUUUCCUGUCAGCAUUCUCCAGAAUGGAAUCAAAAUGACCAAUGAACCUCCCAAAGGUGUCCGAGCCAACCUAUUGCGUUCCUACCUCAAUGACCCUAUCUCAGAUCCUGUUUUCUUCAACAGUUGUGAAAAAAUUGAAAUGUGGCACAAAUUGUUGUUUGGCCUUUGUUUCUUCCAUGCCAUUGUUCAAGAGAGAAGAAACUUUGGACCUUUAGGUUGGAAUAUUCCCUAUGAAUUCAAUGAGUCUGACCUCAGAAUCAGCAUGCGGCAGAUCCAGAUGUUCCUUAAUGAAUAUGAGGAAGUGCCAUUUGAGGCUCUGACCUACCUAACAGGUGAAUGUAAUUAUGGUGGCAGAGUGACUGAUGACAAAGACAGACGCCUCCUACUAUCCCUUCUUUCCAUAUUCUAUAAUAAGGAUAUAGAAAAUGACUAUUACAGCUUGGCUUAUGGAGACAUCUACUAUGUUCCACCAGAUGGCCCAUACUCGGACUACAUUGACUACAUAAGGAGCUUGCCCAUAGCCACCCACCCUGAAGUUUUUGGUCUUCAUGAAAAUGCAGAUAUCACCAAGGACAACCAGGAAACCAAUCUAUUGCUUAAUGGUGUAUUACUGACACUUCCCAGGCAAAGUGGGGGAGCUGGCAAGUCUCCUCAGGAAGUGGUUGAAGAGUUGGCUAAGGACAUCCUAUCCAAACUUCCUAGUGACUAUGACUUAGAAAUGGUCAUGAACAUGUACCCUGUGGUCUAUGAAGAGUCCAUGAACACUGUCUUGAGGCAAGAGCUCAUUCGAUUUAACAGACUGACAUCAGUGAUUCGGAGCAGUCUGAUCAACCUGGGUAGAGCCAUCAAAGGCCAAGUCCUAAUGUCUUCCGAGCUAGAAAAUGUCUUCAACAGUAUGCUAGUGGGAAAAGUGCCAGGCAUGUGGGCAGCAAAGUCGUACCCAUCUCUGAAGCCCUUAGGUGGUUAUGUUUCUGAUCUCCUGGCACGUCUAAGCUUCUUCGAGGAGUGGAUUAAAAAUGGACCCCCAAACGUGUUCUGGAUUUCAGGAUUCUAUUUCACACAGUCCUUUUUAACAGGUGUUUCCCAGAAUUUUGCUAGGAAAUACACCAUUCCCAUUGACCACAUUGGAUUUCAAUUUGAGGUGACCUCACAGGAAUCAACUGUAGAAGAGAAGCCAGAAGAUGGGGCUUUUGUCAAAGGCCUUUUCUUGGAAGGAGCUCGGUGGGACAGGAUUACAAUGGAAAUCGGAGAGUCUUUCCCUAAAAUUCUUUAUGAUCCUCUCCCCAUCAUUUGGCUCAAACCAGGAGAAAGUUCCACAUUCCUGCAUCAUAACAUUUAUCAGUGUCCUGUCUACAAAACAAGUGCCCGGAGAGGCACUCUAUCCACUACUGGCCACUCAACCAACUAUGUCCUUUCCAUUGAGCUCCCUACAAUGAUGCCCCAGCAGCACUGGAUAAACCGUGGCGUGGCAUCACUGUGCCAGCUGGAUGAUUAAAAAGAUAUCUCCUAUUUACUCUCUAGUAUAUACUUAACUUUCCUUAGGCCAGUGACUAUAAUUUUAUAAAUGUAGAAAUUAUAGGGUCAUAGUAACUGGUAGGAGACUUCAGAGGUCCCAUAGUCCAUUUUACAGAUCAGAAAACUGAGUCUCAGGGAGCCUAUAACUUAUCAAAUUAAUUAAGAGUUGCUUAAGUUACAAGAGUUUGAGUGACUUAUUCAAUGGCACACAGUCAAUAUAUAUCAGAUGUAAGACUUGAGAAUUGGUGGUCUUCUAGAGUCUGAGAAUGCUAGAUUUUGCUUCUCUUGGGAUACUAAUAUGUUAAUCACUUUUUUGGUAUAUUUUUUGCUGUUUCUAUACUUUAUGUUCUACUCAUUUCUCUGCUGUUCUACAGUUCUGCUCAGAGAGAGUUAGGAAAGAAAACAAAGCAAUCAGUCGGGGCAGUGUUUUAAUAGAAUUUUCUUACACUUAGUUUUUACCUCCUCUUUAUGUUGAUAUAUCUGCUAUAAAGCCUGGGUAUUUUGUUAGGUGACACAAAACCAUGCUUGAUAACAAGUGUUCUUUCUUAAGUGACUUUUCAUUCUAAUUGAAUGCAUAUGGAAAAUCAGUUCAUGGGAAAAUCAUUUUCUUUAAGGAAAAUAAUUUGAAUGUAUCUACAAACCCCAGGAUUCUUCUAAGACAUGUAAAAUUAGCAGGAUUGAUAAGGUGUAAAAAAAAAAAAAAAAAUUAAGUUCUUUUAAAGGCCAAUAAAGAAAUAGUUCUCUACUUUUUUGAGAACUGUUUAAUAGCUGAUUUAAAAAAAAUUUAACAUUUCUCAUGUCCAAGGACAAGAUUCUUUAAGACUAUGUUGCCUAGAAUACAAGGUGAGAUUCUUUUUUAAGAAAAUGAAACUUUAAAAAUAAAACUUGCUUUAUGUUGGUAGAUGUUUUGAAUAAAGGCAAAACCAAUCCAAAGUAAGAAAAAAUAAGAAGAAAUUUUUGAAAAUUUAAAUAUUUGUUUUCAGUUCCAAAUUUUCUGAGAAGGCAAGAAAAACAAUUUCCAUUACACAUGUGAAGUCAUGCUAAAUAUAUUUUCACAUUGUUGAAGUUUUUAUUUCUCAAAGAUGACCAUGGGAAGUAAUGCCUUGAUGUGAAAGUGAAUUGGAUUUAAGUGAAAGUAGGCUGUGCAAAAUCACCAGCCUCACUUUCUCUUCCAGAACCAUUGUAAGGGAGGGGGGAAGGGGCAAGAUAUACAUCAGGAGUACUAGAGAUGGUGUUGGAUGCAGUGGGAAAUUUUGGCUUUUAGCUAUGUUGUCCAUAUUCUCUCCCCCAAAACAAUGAAAAUAAAAGGGGAAAAAAGCCCCAUGGUUAAUCUGCACUCAAGUUAAUCAGUUCUUUCUGAAGGUAGAUAAUAUCUUUCAUCUAAGUUGGGUCUUUCACAGUUGAUUACCAUUACAAUAUUGCUGCUCUUGUGUAAAAAUAGUUCUAGUUCUGCUCCCUUCACUUUCCAUUAACUCAGGUAAAUCUUUCCAGCUUCUUCCCAUUCCCCAUUUGAAUGGAUAUCCCUUCAAUUUCCAACUCUUUGCUGCUACAAAAAGAACCACUGUAAAUAUUGUUGUACAUAUAGAUGGACCCUUUUCCUUUUUCUUUGAUCUUUAUGGGUAAAGACCUAAUAAAAGUGCAUUGCUGGGUCAAUAGUUUCAUAAGCCAUUUGUGCUAUAAAAUACAUAGUUCGAAAUUGUUUUCCAGAAUGGUUGGACCAGUUCACAGCUUCAACAACAAUGUGCUAGUUUACCUACUUUUCCACCUUCACCCUGUCACUCCACCCUCUCUAUCAUGUUAGUCAAUCUGUUGGUUGUGAGUUGGUUCCAUAGAGUUGUUUUAAUGGGUAUUUCUCGAUUUUUAGUGAUUUAAAGCAUUUCUUCAUAUAAUUAUUGAUAGCUUUGAUGUACUCUUCUGAAACUUAUUCAAAUCCUUUCACCAUUUAGCAAUUGGAAAGUGAUUCUGAUUUUUAUAAAUUUGGCUCAGUGGUAAGUUAUUGAGAAAUGGGAACUUCAUCAAAGAAACUUGCUGUAAAUUAUUUCUCCCCAGUUUCCAACCUUUACUUUAAUUUUGGCUGUAUUGAUUUUUUUAUUUUAAUUUUUUGUGUAAAAUCUUUGUAAUGUAAUCAAAGUGAUCAAUUUCAUUUCCUGUGAUCCUCUCUAUUUCUUGUUUGGUCAUGAAUAUUUCCCUUAUUCAUAGAUCUGACAAAUAAUUUUUUCUAUGCUUCCUUAAUUUACUUUUGAUAUUUUUUUUAAAAAGCUUUUUAUUUAAAAAAAAAACUUUUAUUUUUAAAACAUAUGCAUAGUUUUCAACAUUCACCCUUGCAAAACCUUGUAUUCCAAAUUUUUUUCUCCUUCCUUCCACCCCAUCCCUUAGAUGGCAAGUAAUCCAUUAUAUAUUAAACAUGUGCAAUUUAUAUAUAUAUAUAUUUCCACAAUUAUGCUACACAAGAAAAUCAGAUCAAAAAGGAAAAAUAUGAGAAAGAAAACUUUUGCAAGCAAUCAAUAAAAAAAUGAAAAUACUUUUAUGAGCCAUUUAAUCGCUAUAGUCCUCUCUCUGGGUGCAGAUGGCUCUCUCCAUCACAAGACCAUUAGAACUGGCUUGAAUCACCUUGCUGUUGAAAAAAAGCUAUGUCCUCCUCAGAACUGAUCAUUGCAUAAUAUUAUUGCUGUGUACAAUGUUCUCUUGGUUCUGCUCACUUCACUCAGUAUCAGUUCAUAUAAGUUUCUUUCUGAAAUCAUCUUGCACAUUGUUUCUUACAGAACAAUAAUAUUCCAUAACAUUCAUAUAUCAUAACUUAUUCAGUCAUUCCCCAACUGAAGGACAUCUACUCAGUUUCCAUUUUCUUGAUACUACAUAAAGGGCUACUACAAACAUUUUUGCACAUGUGGGUCCUUUUCUCUUUUUUAUGAUCUCUUUGAAAUAAAGGCCCAGUAGAGACACUGCUGGACCAAAGGGUAUGCACAGUUUGAUAUUGUUCUCCAGAAUGGUUGAAUCAGUUCACAACCCCACCUAUAAUGUAUUAAUGUCCCAGUCUGACCAUAUCCCCUCCAACAUUCGUCAUUAUUUUUUCCUGUCAUCUUCACCAAUUUGAGAGGAGUGUAGUGAUAUCUCAGAAUUGUAUUAAUUUGCAUUUCUCUGAUCAAUAGUGAUUUAGAGCAUUUUUUCAUAUGACUAGAAAUUGUUUUAAUUUCAUCAUCUGAAAAUUAUCUGUUUAAAUCUUUUGACCAUUUAUAUGAUAUCAUUCUUUAUGUCUAAAUCAUUUACCCAUUUGGAGCUUAUCUUGGUAUAUGAUAUUAGAUGCUGGUCUGUGCCUAGUUUCUGCCACUCUGAUUUUUGGUUUUCCCAGUAAUUUUUUGUCAAACAGUGAAUUCUUGCCCUAAUAGCUUGUAUCUUUGAGUUUUUCAAACACUAAGCUACUGUGGUCAUUUACCUCUCUAUAUUUUAUGCCUCAGUUAUCUCACUGAUCUACUGUUCAUUUCUUAUUUAGAACCAGAUUGUUUUCAUGAUGAUGAUGAUGAUGAUGAUGAUGAUGAUUGUAGUACAGUUUGAAAUACGGUGCUGCUAGGUCACUAUUCUUUGCUUUUUUUUUUUUUCCUCCAUUGAGUCUCUUAAAAUUCUUGACCAUUUUUGUUCUUUCAAUUGAGCUUUGUUAUCAUUUGUUCUACUCCUAUAAAAUAAUUCUUUGGUAAUUUUGAUAUGGCACUGAAUAAAUUAACUAAGGUAAGUUGUCAUUUUUAUUAUAUUUUUAUUGGCUUGCUCUUUUUAUGAACAAUCAAUAUUUCUCCAGUUAUUUAGAUCUCUCUUUGUAUGAAGUAUUCUUUAAUUGUAUUCAUAUAGUUUCUCUGUGUGUCCCAGAAAGUAGAUUCUCAAGUACCACUGUCUCCAGUUAUUUUAAAUAACAAUUUCCUAUCUUUUCCUAUUAGGUUUUUGUUGGUAAUAUUUAGAAAUGUUGAUGAAGUAUGUGGGUUUAUUUUCUAUCCUGAAACUUCGCUAAUUUUUUUUUGAUUAAUAUUUUAGUUAAUUAUCUAAGGUUCUCUAACUAUACUAUAAUAUCAUCUGCAAAAAAAGAUGGUUUCUUAUUCUUAAUUCCUUCAAUUUAUUUUUCUUGUCUUUUGGCUAAAGCUAGUAUAUUUUGUGCAAUAUUAAACAAUAGUGGUGAUAAUGGACAUCUUUGCUUCACCCUGGAUCUUACUGGGAAGACUUAGUUUAUAUCCAUUACCAACAAUUCUUGUUUAAAAAAAUUAGAACUUAUUGUUUUAAGAAAAGCUCUGCUUAUUUCCAUGCUUCCUAUUGUCUUUAAGAUGACUGUUGCAUUUUGUCAAAAAAUAAUUUCUUUGUCUAUCAGUAUAAUCGUAUUUUUGUUGUUUUUCGUUAUUAAUAUGGCCAAUUAUCCUUAGUUUUCCUCAUAUUGAACCAGCCCUGCAUUCCUGGUAUAAAUUCAACCUGAACACAGUAUGUGAUUUUUGUUCUGUAUUACCAUAGUCUCCAUAGUUUUGCUCUCUCUGACUUAGAUAUAAAAUACCAUAUUUAUGUCAUAGAAGGAUUUUAGAAGGAUUCCUUAUUUUUUUCAAAUAGUUUCUAUAGAUUGUUCUUUAAAUGUUUGGUAGAAUUUGCUUGUAAAUUCAUCUGGCCUUAGGAAAUUUUUUUUUCUUGCAAGUUCACAUAUGUCUCAUUCAGUUUCUAAGAUAGAGUUAUUUAAGUAUUCUGUGUAAACUAGGGCAAUUUAUGUUUUUGUAAAUAUUCAUUCCAUUUAGAUGGUCAAUUUUAUUGUCAUAUAAUUGGGCAAAGUAGUUGCUUAUAAUUAAUUUAAUUUACAUUUUUCAUUUUUAACACUGGUAAUUUGAUUCUUUUUAAUCAACUUAAUUAAUGACCUGUUUCUUAAAGCCAGCUUCUAGUUUUAUUAGUUCUUUUUUUCCCCCAACUUUAUUAGCCUCUCUUUUGAUUUUCAGGAUUUCCAUUUUGGUGUUAAUUGGGAAUUUUAAAUUUGUCUUUUUUUAGUUUUUUACUUGCAUGCCCAAUUCAUUUAUCUGUUUUUUUUUUUAUUGAUCUAAGCAUUUAGAUCAAAUCAGCUUUCCCCCAAAGUACUGCUUUUGGCUGAAUCCCACAAAUGUAGAUAUAUUCUCUCCAUCAAAUUAUUGUUUCUAUGAUUUGUUCUUUGAGUCAUUCGUUCUUAAGGAUUGGAUUAUUUCUUUGGCAAUUAAUUUUUAAUCUAUGAUCCAAAGGACCUUUAUGGAAUAAAUUUUAUUGCAUGGUCCAAAAAGGUUACAUUUAAUAUUUCUGCUUUUAUUAUUAGGUUUUAAUGCUUUAACACAAGUUUUUUAAAGGUGCCUUGAACAGUUGAGAAAGACAGACUACUUUCUAUUCCCAUUUAACAUUUUCCAGAGGUCUAUCAUAUUUUUUCUAAAAUUCUGUUUUUAAUUUUUUUAAGUUAAUAUAUCUAGUUCUGAGAAAGGCUCCAUACUAAUGUUGUUUUACUAUUUUCUCCUGUUAUUUAUAUAACUUUUUUUUCAAGAACUUGGAUGCUAUGAAAUUUGGUGUCCACGUUUAGUACCAAUAUUAAGUUAUUGUCUUUGCGCCUUUGAACAAGAUGUAAUUUCCCUGCUUAUUCCUUUUAAUUAGGUCUAUUGCUUUUGCUUUUGUCUGAAAUAAUUUUCAUGCCUGCAAUUUUUAUUUUUAUUUCAGCUGAAAGAUGGUAGAUUGUGCUCCACCCUCUUAUUUUAACUCUGUUUUUCCCAUUUCAAGUGUGUCUUGUAAAAAAAAAAAUUGUUGGAUUUUGCUUUCUAAACUAUUCUGCUUUAUGCUUAUGUGUGUUUAUUUCAUUCACAUUUAGUUGAUAGCUAUUUGUAUUUUCCUCCAUCCUAUUCUCUUCGAUCAAUUUUUAAAAACAUUGUUCCUGUUUCAAAUGUCUAUUUUGCUUCUAACCACUGUCUGUCUCCCCUUAAUAUAUUUCUCUUUUCAUCCUCUCCUUUUCUUAGCUCCUUUUU